AUGGCCCGAGGGCGUCCCACAGACUCGCCCGGCGGCAACGAACCGGAGCGGCAAGAAGAUACAGGAGAGUCCGCCAGCUGUGUUCAUGCAGAAGCCACCAAACCGGGAGAAGGGUGGCUUAUAUAUAAUGGCGAAUACCGGUCGUUGAUCUGCGCCUUUCACGGCUAUGCGGUCUGCAGCCUCGAGGGUCACUUGAGGGACCGUCACCCAGACAUCGACCAUCGGGCCCGCAGCGAUAUCAUCCACCGCCAUAAGGGUCUACAGCUGCAAGGGCCGGCAUUGGAGCAGCUCGUCCAGCACGGUGCGUCAAACCCGACCCGGGCCGUCAAGGGUCUCGUCGUUCACCGGGGCUUCGCUUGCACCUGGCCGGGUUGCAGGCACCUCACGCCGAGCUGGAAGUGCCUGCGGGUUCACCUCAACGGCGAGCACAACAUAAAGGGAGCCAAGGCGCAGGCGGGCCUCUGGACCGGCGUCUAUCUGCAAACCUUCUUUACAGGUCCAAAGAGGGCGAUUUACUACUUCUGCGUAAGAAUCUCGACCAGCGGUAACGAUGAUGCUGUCUCGGCAGCAGGAGAUCCUCCGACGCCGGUCGGCAGGGGGAGAAGAGCGACGAUGGCAGACAGGCAGCAGACGCACCCGGAAGAUCAGACGAUGAUCGCCGACAUCACCCAAGGGUGGUCACUGCAGCAGGAGGAGCAGGAGAAGAUGCAGAAGGUCAUGGAGGAGGGGAUCCUGAGGCACGAGACGACGAACUGGCUGAAGAGGACCGGCUGGUCAGCCCACUUCGCCGGGAGGAAUCUGGUGGAUAUCCAAGCCUGCAGCAGGAUGCCCGGCUGUGACGACGACGAGCUGCGACGGAUGGCCACGGCUCUAGAUCGUCUAUUCUUCGACCGCUGCAUCGGCGGGUUAAAGAGCAUGCCCCUGAUGACCCGCCUGCUCCUGGCCAGCCCCCACCCUCACGAUGCCCACAGCCGACCGUUUGGGCCGCUGCAGGAGAAGACCAGCAUGGAUCGCUACCUGGUAUAUGUGAAGCGGUUCUUAUGCUAUUGCCUCAACGUGCUGUCGCUGGAGGAGGAUGCGCUGUUUGCCGAACACGGCUUUCGCUUCACGCCUGCACAGAGGGCCAGCCUCGAGCUGCUCUGGGCGCAUCUGCAGGACGAGGAACAGUCGGGCGAGGGGCUGCAGGAAGAGAUAUUGCAGAUUCUGGCGGACUUCUGGAUGCAGCGGCUCGACGGGGACCCUUUUGCGAGCCCGCUGUGGCACUUCGUCGGGGUGCUGGGAAUCGACGGCGAGACGGGGCAGCUCCGACCUGCCCACCUAUUCACCUACGUGCUUGCGGGACUCGUCUUCACGGGGCGGGCGCUGCUGGGAGAGUGGGCUAUACCCACCCGGGAGCGGGCCGGGAUGACGGACCUCGCGCAACGGUUCGCCCAGGUUCGAGACGCCUGGCUUUGCAAGGCGACAUACUCUCCCAUGGGCUAUACGCUCAGCUUGCUGUUAUACGGAAGGAAGAUCGCGCAGGAGACUGGUAGCCGGCUGAUGGUGUCCUGGAGCAAGGACGGCGAGAUGAUGUACUUCAUGGGCAAGCCGAUCCUGAUGGAGAAGAUUCGUCACAUGGUGGCUAGGAUGACGAAAGACGCCGAGGACCUGCUGUGGGGUCAGUUGAUGUUCAAGGAGGGCGACGACGAGCGUUUCAUCCUUCCUCUGGCCGGCAUUGAGGAUGACCUCACCCAUACAAGACGAGGCCGGUCCUUCAUCCAUACCAACGACCUCGCUGGCAAGGAGGUCGAGAUGCUCGAGGACCUCGUCAUGGGCUCGCGGAAGACAGAGUUCCUAGAUCGAGCGGGCGAGUGGAAGUGGGCGGGCAUCAGGAAGUACCUGAAGCUGCCGAGGGAAGAGAUCACGGGCCUGCGCCUGGUCAACGGCAUCAACAGGGACCGCAACGUCUUUGUCAUCGACGGCGAUGUUGUGCUCGUCACCCAGUACCACAAGUCUCUGGCCCACUUCGACUCGCCGAAGGUGAUCCCCCGCUUCCUGCCGGAGAGGAUCGGGCAGCUGCUCGUGAUGUACAUGGUCUACAUCCGACCGCUGACGGAUCGCUGGGAGGCGGACAGAUGGGAGCUAUAUGGCAAGAUGGCACCGCCGAGCGACUUCAUCUGGCAUAACGAGACGGGGCCAUGGGAGAGCAGUCGUAUGUCUGGGGCCAUGGGGAAGUGGACCUCCCACUAUAUCGGCCGCAGGAUCACGCUCCAAGACUGGCGCCACAUCGCCAUCGCCAUCAGCAAGAAGCACGCUCGCGACCGGGGGGCCGCUCGGGCAGACUUUGAGGACGGCGACGACGAUGACGAGUCGGAGCAGUACGAGGCGCCGGACGAUCUGGCUGCCUGUCACACCGGCCAGACAGCCGCCAACUACGGUGUCACGAUCGAUGUGCUGAAGCGCUUGACGGCCGAGUCUCUGGACAUAUUCGGGCAGGUGAGCCGUCGUUGGCACAAGUUCCUCGGCUGCGACGCGCAGCAGCAAUCGGCCUUGGAGCCGCCGCCGUCAACUUCGUCCUCGAAGCGCAAGGGUGCGGCCGAGUCUGGCGGCGAGGAGAAGAAGUGCCACCCUCCCCGGAAGCGGGCCAAGAUCGCCUCGCUCGAGAAGCUAAGGGCAGGUAUGACAGCAGCAGUGGGGGACAAGAAGAAGGACGACAUGAUCCUGCGGGCACUCCGGGCUGUCCUGCGUGAUGACGCUGCCCAGUUUCGGUCACCCCAGCAAGAAGAGGCCGUCAGGUUGGCCGCGGCGAAGCAGAGCCCGCUGGUUGCCGUGCUGCCAACGGGCGGCGGGAAGAGCUUGGUCUUCAUGGUCCCGGCUAUGCUGGCAGGUGCAGGCGUGACCAUCGUGGUGGCUCCGUUCGCCGAGUUGAAGAGGCAGCUAGUCACACGCUGCGUCGAUGCCGGCCUAGACUGCAAGUCCUGGCCCGAGGCGCGUGAAUCUUGGCCCAGGGUUACGCUGGUCUCGGCCGAGGCGGCUGUCACCGAUGACUUCCUGCAGUGGGCCGCUGAUCUGAGUGUCAGGGGAAGGCUGGACCGAGUGGUCAUUGACGAGUGCCAUCUGUCAUUCACUGCCGCCGAAACCUACCGCGCGAAGCUCCGGUGCCUCGUUCUCCUGCGGAGCUUGGGGUGUCCCUUCGUAUUCCUCACUGGGACCCUGCCGCCGCUCCGUCAACGCGACUUCGAAGAAGCCAUGCAGCUCCAGGCUCCGCUCUACAUACGGGCUUCGAGCCAUCGGCUGAACGUGCGGUACUCCGUCCUUCGCGUCCGUAACGGACGGGGCGUCAUGGAGGUGAAGAGGCUGGUGGACGCCCGGCUCCCACGUCUAGCACCGGGGGAGAAGGGGGUCAUAUACUGCACCAGCCACGCGAAGUGUAGAGCGCUUGCCCGGCAGCUUGGUUGCCAUUACUAUCACGCUCAGCGCGAUGAUAGCGAUGCGCAGUUCCUUGCCCAGCGCGAGCAGGGCUUCCAGGCAUGGGUCAACGGCGAAACACCCUACAUCGUGGCUACCGCGGCUCUAGGCACGGGCCUUGAUGUUGCAGGCAUCGUCCAUGUCAUCCAUCUCGAGGCCCCAUUCAGCAUCAUCGACUACGCCCAGGAGGCGGGGCGGGGCGGGCGAGCUGGGGAGCCCGUCACCGCAGAGAUAGUCGUCGAGGAGAAGGACUGGCCGGUUGAGGACCAUAUCCGCGACAGCUACCUAGACUUGAGCACGCGCGAGGUACGCAGUCUGAUCCGGACACAAGGUUGCCGUCGCCGCCUCCUUGGCCAAUGCUUGGACGGUGACCUACGGGACUGUGGAGAUCUCGAUGCCGUCCGAUGCGAUAAUUGCCGCCGCGAUGAGCUGUUGUGGAAGAGUGAGCUAUCCUCGCAGGGUAUCAUAGCAUCACAUGCCCGCGGCAGGCGCGAUGCCCUCGCUCUAGAACGUUUCGAGGCCGCCUUGGAGGAGAUAGAGGAGCUUGGCAAGAUGGGCUGCCGCAUCUGCUGGAUGUUCGAUGGCGUCAAGGAGGCCGGGCACCAGUGGGGUACCUGUGGUGCCACAGCAGAGAAGGAUCUGUCCUUCUCCAGCUGCAUGAUCUUUCAGGGUCUGGUCAACUACAAGAAGGAUCCACAGGCACGUUUCUUGAGCUGCUUCUACUGUCACGUAUCGCAGGAGCUCUGUCGGGACGGUUACGAGACCAAAGGAGCAUCAUGUCGGUGGAAGCAUGCUGUAGUCCCUAUGGCGUUGGCCGCCGUGACGGAGGCAGAUAUAUGGUCGCAAGUCCAGGAGGCUGCCGGUCGAGACUUCAAAGGUCGGGAUGACUAUGCUGACUGGCUGGGCCGUAAGCAUAGCAAGUUGGUAUGCGGGCGAGAGAUGACCAAUGCUAUGGCCGUCUUUGAUCUAGUGCUCAAGUGGAGACAAACUCAAGAGCUUAGUUAA